AUGGCAGACCAAGAACAACAUCAGCAACAACAACCGCAAGAAAAGAACGGCAGAGGAGGUGUCUCGGAACGGGCCAGGCGCAUCCAGAGGCAGCUGCAGUGGCGACGAGCGCGUGGAGCCGACCGGGCAUUCGCUCUCGACGUCGGUGGGCAUCAACUCGAGGCUAUCCAGAUUACUGGCGGCGAGACUUCCGGCCUCGGCACCGGCGCCAUCGUCUGGGACUGCGCCGUCGUCCUCUCCAAGUACCUGGAGAAGAACCUGAAGUCCUUCCAGCCGCCACCGGCGUCGAUCGUGGAGUUGGGCAGCGGCAACGGCCUCCUCGGCAUGGUCUGCGCUCUCUUUUUCGACCAAGCCAAGGUGGUGGUGACAGAGCAGGCGCCUCUUCUUCCGCUCAUCCACCAGAACCUGGAGCACAAUGGAACCAACAACCCGCGGGUGGCUGACGUGGAGGUGGUCGAGCUGAACUGGGGCGACCGAAACGAGCAGCUCGAGGCGGACACCAUUUCAUGGAUUGUGGUGAGCGAUUGCGUGUUCAACAACGCGCCCUACGACCUCCUCGUCGACAGCCUGGUCCUUCUCGCCAAGCCCGAGACCAAGAUCCUCAUCUCCAUCGAACACAGGAACCACAAGCACGAGGAUCUGUUCUGGCAGGCGAUGAAGGAGAAGAACUUUGGGGUGGAGACGGUGUCGCGGGAGGACCUAGACGAGGACUUCUCGGCCGACGACAUCGACGUCUACUUCCUCUCGCCCCCGCCUCUCGUGCCCCUCGCCGCUGUACCGAUCACCACCCUCGCCUAG